UAGUUAGGUCCCCCUAGAUGCGCAGUCAGGAGACGGUGCGCGGGCAAUUCCAUUCAAACAGAACUUUUCUUUGCCGAAGGAACGUGACUGAUUAUGGUUCUGUCAAAAAAAUUCGUUUUAGCUAAACACUUUGCUGGCAAACCGUCCAGUGAUGAUAUCAAGCUGGUAACAGAAGAGUUGCCCGAUGAAGUUAACGAUGGCGAAGUUCUAUGUGAAGCAGUCUGGCUGACUGUUGAUCCUUACAUGCGUAUCUACACUGCUAGUCUGUCAGAAGGAGAUGUGAUAAUAGGGGAACAGGUAGCAAGGGUUAUUGCGAGCAAGAAUCCAAAAUUCCCUGAAGGCACACAUGUGAUAGCUCGUCUUGGUUGGAAGAGUCACGCAUUAGUGAAAGAUGUCUCAGUUCUGAGGAAAGUUCCUGACAUUGAAGACUUAUCAUUGUCUCUCACUCUAGGAUCCUUGGGAAUGCCUGGGUUAACAGCAUAUUUUGGAUUCCUUGAGAAAUGUCAACCAAAAUCUGGAGAAACUGUAUUGGUUAAUGCUGCUGCUGGGGCUGUCGGAAGUAUUGUGGGACAAAUUGCCAAAAUCAAGGGUUGUAAAGUGGUGGCAUUUGCUGGCACUGAGGAGAAAUGUUCCUGGCUUAAGAAUGAACUGGGCUUUGAUCAAGUCUUCAACUACAAGAAUAUUGAUUUGGACAAAGUAUUAUCAUCAUCUGUUCCUGACGGCAUUGACUGUUAUUUUGACAAUGUUGGAGGUGACUUCUCGUCAGUUGUCUUAAACCACAUGAAUAGCUAUGGGCGUGUAUGCGUUUGUGGUUGCAUAUCUGAAUAUAAUGUUCCAGCUGAAAAGGCACUGAAGGGUCCCUAUCCUUUCAAAAGGAUUUUGAUUAAAGAACUCUCCGUAUUUGGUUUCAUAGUAUGGAAGUAUUUCGACCGAGCUGACGAAGGAAGAAAGCAACUUCUGGAAUGGAUUAAAAGUGGAAAAUUGAUCUACAAAGAGACCAUCACAGAAGGUUUUGAGAACAUGCCAAAAGCUUUCCUUGGAUUGUUUGAAGGUAGCAAUAUUGGGAAAGCCAUUGUCAAAGCAUAAACGUAAUGGUUUGAGAAAGAUUUGAUUUUAUUCAAUUUAUUUUUAUAGUUGAAUGGUUAUCAAUUGUAAUGACUCUAAUGUACAAUUAGUAAUUAGUUUUAUGUAUUCAGGUAGAUGUGUAGUGAAUCUGAGCAGAAUUUGAACACAAGAUGUUUCUUCCAAUUUCUGUUGGAAAAUUUUAAACCAAAGAAAAUUAAAGCAAGUUUUUUUUAUUAUUGUAAAACAGAAUUAUUAAUAAAUGUUAAAAUUAAUGUGCUUAACAUAAUUUACAUAUCAAAUAUAAUUUGUUGAAGAAAUGUUUUACAUAUCAAAUAUAAUUUGUUGAAGAAAUGUUUUGAAGUAACUACAAUGUGUCUGAGGUCAACAUUGCCCUCUAAUACUUUUAUUUUUAUUUUGUAUUAAAUUUAUUGGUGCAAAGAUUUCAUCAGCAUCUAAAUUCUUACUCCUGUCUCCAACUUAUUGAGAAUAGUACAUUUCUUUGAUGACUUUUUUCUUUUUCUCUCCACUAUGAUUGCUAUCAAUUGAGAUCUGGACUGUUUUUGCUCACCAUUAAAUAGGCAAAUCCUUUACAGUUAUCCUAAGAAUUAUGGAAGGCCCUGCAUCCGAUCUUUGGUAGAAUUGCUUUCAUAAUCUACUUUUGGUAAUUCUUGUCCAGUCUAAUAUUCUUUCUAUUGCAUCUUGCUAGGUUGAGUAAGCUUUUCAUUUAAAACAGUAACCGUUUCAUUUAAAACAGCAAAUAAUUUACUGAAUCUGAAAUAGUUUUUGCUAAUAUUUAUGUAUAACAAAAAUGUAUCUCCAAAGAUGUUGUUGGAUAUUAAUGAGGUAGAACUAGUUGCUGACAUGUCUGCUACCAAUGCAAUCACUUACCACUGCAAAGGCUUCCAUUUUGGUGCAUGAUGUUCGUUUUUCCUUCCCAAUCCUUCAAGAUAUGAACACAUAACAAUCAUUUAAUGCAACUAAAUCAGUUUUUCAAAAGGAAUUUAUAUACUUUAUUUUCGAAUAUUCUACAAAUUAAAAAAAAUUUUUCUAAUGAUUGAA